UGCCAACUCGAGAUGCAUUGAAAGUUAACGUAACUUUGACCAUUUAUAAUUGGAGCUUUAUUUUAUAUUAUUAAGAACAAUAGUUGUUGAGAAAAUAGAUCGUUGUUUUCAAUUAAACUGUUGACAUAGUACGUUCCGUGGUUCUUUGUAUGAACCUUAACGUAUGUGGGCGUACACGCUUGCGAUUAUCCGAGCAUGGUCGGAAGUCGUGAAGGCAACUAAAGUUCAACCGUGUGAGUUGUGACAUCGCUCAACAAAUGGAAGCAAAACACAACAGUGCCGACGAGACUUUUACUCCCGACCCAGGGGGGGCAGAAGCAACACAAGAUGCCUCCUGUGAGCAAAGCUCCGACGGAAUUAUCGCUCGACAGAUGAGUGAACAGGGCCGAUUUGCCUAUGCUGCAGUGUGUGGUGUCUCACUUGGACAGUUGUUUAAUGGGGAUGAAAACAGUGUGUUCAGGGAACAGUACCUGCAGGGCCUGGUCCACUGGCUUGACCUGGAUGAGUCUGUGAUGCCUGUCAUGGGGGCCUUCCUGUCAGGCCUGGGCUUUGAGGGCUCUGACACCUUCCUAUCCAUCCUGCAAGCUGAAUCACUGAUGUCUACAGGCGCCAUCCCCAUCAUACAGGACUUGGUGUCUUUCUCUGUCAAAGAUGGCCACUACGAUGCCAGAGCGAGGGUGCUCAUCCGGCACGUCGGCUGCCUGCUUCGAGUGUCCCCGCAAGAGCUGGAGGAGUUUGAGGAGACGCUUGGAGAAAGGCUGACAGAAGGAGGAGAGGAGAGCGAGGAAGAGUUAUCCCGGCGACGGAGGAAAGAAAGAGGUCGAAAAUUAAGACGCUACUUUCUCAUUGGACUCGCAACAGUCGGUGGUGGAACAUUGAUUGGUGUGACUGGUGGGCUGGCAGCCCCCUUAGUGGCAGCAGGGGCCGGCGCCGUACUCGGAGCUGGAGGGGCUGCCGCUCUGGGCUCAGCCACUGGCAUAGCAAUCAUGGCCUCUCUUUUUGGAGCAGCCGGGGCGGGACUUACCGGGUACAAGAUGAAUAAGUGUGUUGGUGCAAUAGAGGAAUUUGAAUUUCUGCCGCUCAGCUCUGGAAAGCGUCUUCACCUUACCAUAACAGUGACAGGGUGGCUCUGCACUGGUAAAUACAGCUCAUUCCAGGCCCCUUGGUGCAGCCUGGGAGAGUGCGGAGAGCAGUACUGCUUGGUGUGGGAGUCGCGUUUCCUCAGGGACCUGGGCUCAGCCAUGACCUCUCUUUUGGAUGGGCUUGUCAGCAUGAUGGCUCAGGAGGCCCUGAAGUACACAGUUCUCUCAGGUAUCGUAACAGCUCUGACAUGGCCCGCCUCUUUGCUGGCAGCUGCCAGUGUCAUUGACAAUCCCUGGUGUGUUUGUCUGAACCGCUCGGCCGAGGUGGGGAAACACCUUGCUCAGGUUUUGAGAAGCAGGCAACAGGGGAAGCGGCCAGUGAGUCUGAUAGGAUUCAGCCUUGGGGCCAGAGUUAUCUACUUCUGUCUUCAGGAGCUCGCGAACGAUCAAGGUAGUGAAGGUGUUGUGGAGGAUGUGGUCCUGCUGGGUGCUCCUGUAGAUGGCUCAGAGAAGGCCUGGGAGAGAAUGACCAGGGUGGUGGCUGGAAAAAUAGUCAAUGGAUACUGCAGAGGGGAUUGGCUCCUGGGGUUCUUGUACCGAAGCUCAGCUGCUCAGCUCUGUGUUGCUGGGCUACAACCAAUCAGCACCCAGGAUCGCCGUGUUAUCAAUGUAGACCUCUCCUCUGUGGUGAAAGGUCACUUAGACUACAUGCGUCAAAUGGAAACCAUUUUGGUGGCGGUGGGAAUUCCUACCAAAGAAGUCCCGGGAUCUUCCUUCGUGCUUCCUCAGCCUGUAACUAUUUCUAAGGACCUAGUCGAUGCCCCGGACAAAACCCAAAUCACGCAGCAGUUGCGGGAAACUCAAAGUCCAGUCCAGCAGGCUGAGACUCUGAUGGCAGAUAUUGGUGAGGACUCAACAAGGACAACGGAGAUCGCCGAUGGCUGGGAUGUCCCUGAUAUCUCAGACCUGUUGGACGCUAUCACUAGUGACGAUAAUGUGUCAAAAAGUCCACCCAGAGACCGGAACAAUGUACCUCCCUGUCAGGAGAGUGACACUAACCACAGACCUGUUUUUAAUGAGAGUGAAGAGCAGGCCGAGGCGAACGAUGACCACGUCUCAUGGAGCUGGGAUGAUCCAUAUUGGACUGCAGAGCACAGUCAUCCACAAAGCGGACCGAAAAUCUAAGAAGGCUGGUCUAGGACCAGCUGCUUCAUUCAAGAUUUUAUCCACUAUUUGUUUGAAGAGUCUUUUGAGGAAUGGAGGAAUUUUAACAAACUUGUCAUGUGAAUUGGAUUCUGUACAAAAAUUGAAGGCACUAGGGGGCGGUUUAGGGCAGGGAUGGGUACCUGGCGGUGCGUGGGCCUCAUGCAGGCCCCGACCACACUCUUGAGUGGCCCCAUGAUUACAAAAAAA